AUGGAGGUAGCCGAGAGCAGAGAACAGGCCUCCGUUGGUCACCCAACAGGGGCAGAGCCCACGCUUCCGAAUGGCGAGCGGAACCCUUUUCUGGAUGACCCGCUCAUGGAUGAUGAUGGACGCUCAAGUAGCUUGAGUGAGAUUGACGAUGUCUCGGACAACGAGCCGUCAGACUUUGAAGAUGCCAUCAAGUCAGACAAGCCAACGGAUAACGAUUCGGAGGCCGAGACUGAACGAAUCGAGGAUUCUCCACACAACAUCAGAAAACGAGACAUUGUCUUAAGUGCCACUAGUGCCGGGCCAAGUCCGAGCAAGCUUCACCAGUCCACGACGCUCGACGAUGUCGAAGAUAUCGACGAUGACGCACUUUUGGCGGACGAUUCACCCAGCAAACCGCGCCGGUCCUCGAAAAACAACGGCUUGACCGACGAUACCCCAGACCUUGGCUAUCCAGAACUUCCCGAUAGCAUCGGAAAGAAGAGAAAACGCGUUGAGAUCGGUGACGAAACCGGCACCGAAUUGGGUGACGAUGACGAGCCCAUCAAGAAGCGUCGGAGCUCAAGCAAGAGUGAUUUGAGUGACCCGAUCGACGACGAUACCCCACUAUCACCGGAGCCGCUCGAUGACACUAUGGCGAUGAACGAUGAUGACACUCCAGCCGACGAUGGUCUGGAAUUGGACCUCCCAGCCGCCCCGCCUUUGAAAGGCAAAAAGGGCAAAAAGGGUAAGCGGAAGGGAAGAAGGGGCCAGGAUGCCGACGAGGAGACAGACGUUGGCGUUGAGGCCACGAUAGAGGACGUCGCCGAUGAGAUUCGCGGAGAAGACGAUGAGCCUACGGAGCGAGGAGAUGAGCCUGAUGACGCCAAGACAGUUGUCCAAGUCGAAGAAGAGUCCAUGAAAAAGAUGUCUGCUAUGGAUUCCCUUGCGACAUUGGAGAAAGAGUUUGCAGCUUUACGUGACAAGAUUUAUGAUGAACGGAUAUCGAAGCUUAACCGCGAGCUGGAGAUGCUUACCGGACCAAAUCCGACACAUCCCGAGUACUUGCGACAGAUUGAGUGUGUGCAACGUCAUCGGGACGCCAAGAUCAAAUACGAGGGAAACUUGUAUCGAUACCGCAUGAAGUCCCUCAUGAACAAAGCUUUGGCUGAGCGAUCACAAGCACACAGCACAUACUUCCAACGGAUCCGAGAUGUGCGCGAGCGGCAUUCGUCUGCGAUCAGCAAGCAGUUCUAUGCAAUCCAGCACGAUCGUUUCAAGACAGACGAGGUUAGCCCGCAUCACAUCAUUGCUUUCCCUACUCGUCGCUCGCAGCAGAUUGCACACCAGGCUGCAUACAACCAGGAGGUUUCAAUCAUGGCUGGUGUUGCCAAAUAUGUUGGCUUCCCCGCUGCUCCGUCCUUGCUGGGCGCACGUCCGACCGAGCUCGAUGACGACCUUGAGAAAAUGGGCAUCACCAUCGAAACUCGUGCCUCAGCACCUCGGCAUUCAUCAGCGAUGCCUCCACGAACUACUAUGUCCACCAUGUCUUCUAGCGCCUUCCGCAACGCUGCGGAAGAAGCGUUUUUAGAACAAACCCCCUGGGCAAAUCCUCAACAUCCGAUACACCAACAGCAGCAACAUCAACAACAACAACAUACCCAGCAGCACCGACCGCAACCUCGUCCGUUCGAGCACCCGCAGCCAUCGUCAUAUGCAACCCCCGCGGCUCAAAAACGUGUAGUAGACGUGAAUGCGCCAAACGGGUCCGCAUCAACGAUUCCCGAGAACGCAUCAGCGGCCAACUCAUCGGCCAACAACACCCCCUAUGGCAUGGAGCAAGACCCGAGGAAUCACCCUCAAGGACCCUUCCGAAACCCAGACUAUGAUGUCGAUCAUGGCAAAUCUGGUUUCCGGUCCCAAACUUCAUCACCAUUAGAUGUGCGGAAGUCACAACCGCACCUCUCUCACCCCCUCGGACGCCACUCCCCUGCCACCCCCUCCCAUAACCACCUCUUCUCUCCACCUCCCGCCCGCCAAGGCCUGUUUCAGCCUUCCUCGGCUCUCCAGCGUGAAACUUCGCCAUCACUUUCGUCUAAACCGGUUGACGCGGUACAUUACCGCCCCCAUCAAUCCGGCAUACCGACAGGAUCUGGUUCAAAUCAUAUGUCAAACCGAUAA